GCUCGCACCGCUCAUCUUAUCUCUUCCUCUCCGUCGCCGCUCUUCCAUGGCCCGCAUCCUCACCUCCGCCGUCCAUAGCCCGCAUCGGCACCGCCCCUACCAUCCCUCUCUCCAUAGCCUCCUUUCUCUCCACAGGUCGCCCCCCACCACCGCUUUUUUCCCUGGAGGAAUCCCGCUUCCAUUCGAGGCGAAAGGUUGCAUUUUUGCGCACUGGCUCUAUGGGAACGACGAUGAUGGUGCCGGCGUGUCAAGGCGGGAGGACCAGUGGAGAAUCUUCAUCGAUCUGCUCGUGCUGGAGGCCGCCAUCGCUGGCUUCUCUGGCCGCAACCUGGAGUCGCUGCAAGGGGCGCGGGAGAUCAUCUCCAAGCUGAGGCUGCUGCUCCAGGUGCAGCUCCGGAACCUGGUCUCCCUCCUCGGCUGAUGCGCCUCCUCCGCCGCUGGGGCUGGAGCCGGGCACAAGAUGCUCGUCUACCCGUACUUUCCCAACUGCAGCCUUGGACGCUUCCUUUGCGGUGAGUCACCUCCAUUCCAACCCUCGAGUUCUCCAUUAUCUGCCAUAGAAAUACUCCUGAAUUCAGGCCAGACUCAAACUCAAUUCGCUUAAUGUUAGAGUUCAUGUGGGGUUUUUGGUUUUGCCGUCAGGAUUCAUACGAUUUGUAGGGUAGCAGUAUAAUUAUCCGCUACUCCGAUCAACAGGAUAAUGGUAGUUUGGUCGUCAACUGUGCUUGUGCCAUAAAAAUUAUACUCCCUGAACACUGCAGUAUGUACAUAUGCGCAGAUUCCUGUUUGAUAAACUAUGGUGAAUGAGAAGCUAGCUAGCUUGUGCACU